CGUGUAAGAGUCAACUAUGGAUGGAAUGGCAUACACAGAUACGCGGGAUAAAGAGAAGAAAAAAGAGCAAUGGCUGCUAGGAGUAUGUCGAAUUAUAAGGAAAGGAACCGGUCGGAGGCCAGAUGCAACUCGAGGUUCUGGCUUCCUGGUUAAAGAUCUGAUCAUUCCUGACCCAGUCAGUAAUAGCAACAUAAGCUAUCAGUAUUGUCUCAUAACAACCACUCAAGUCAUCAACGAUGCUAAACAUUCCUUGGAAAAUUGUUAUUUGGAGUUUAAAAAGUUAAAUUCAGAGGUCAAAAGGGUUCCACUACACAAAAUCGCAAAUCUACAGGAAGCCUUACGAACUCGUAACUUGGUCUUUAUUCCCAUAAAGCCCCCCAGUAGAUCCCAAGAGAAGGAGAGCAUUUUCACAUAUCGACCAUUCAAGGUGACCAACGUAAAUCGAAGUGCAUCGAAUGAUUUAUUGUGUGUUUUCGUGAAGGACAAAGAUAAGUCUUUUGAUGUGAUAGACCUGGAAAUUCAGCGGAGAAUUGAACAAAUCUCUCACAUGAUUAAUUUCCAAGUCAUAGAAGACCUUGGCGUAAAACCUUUAACGACACACUCAGAACUCACUCGCAUCGCAAACUAUAAGCCAGAUGGUGGUGUGAUCUUGGAGCGUCGAGAAAACCAAGACAACAAGUUUAUUGCGGUUGGAUGCCUUGAUUUUGCUGACGACGAAUCCAUAUGUCCUGUCUUCUUCCCUCUCUCUCCUACAGAUACCUGCCAAGAUGGUCCCCAAUCAACAAAUGCAACUUCCUCAGGAGAAGGAGCAUCUGAGGCAGCACAUCUUAGCCAUGAGGCACCUGUUUGCACUGCUGUUGUUACCACUACUUCUGCUCCUCUUCCUGCUUCUGGUGCUGGCACUUCUGUGAUCACUGCUACUACGACUGCUACAUCUGUGUCUGCUCCUGUCUUUGCUGCUGAUACCACUGUUAGUGAGACUCCUGCACCUGUUCCUGCUGUUGCUCCUUACAGUACAGCCACCACCACUGGCAUAAAUACUAUAGUAACUGCAGCACCAGCCCAUGCAUCUGUGUCUGCUGGUGCAAUCACUGUUAUGGUGACUGAAGCACCCACCCCUACUCCUGUCCUUACUGUUGUUCCUGGCAGCACAACAGUCACUGCUUCUACCACUUUAACUGUGAUUGCUGCAUCUGAUCUUGAUGCAGUCACAACUGCUACUACUAGCACUACUACAGCCAUCACAGGGGGAGCUGGCAAUGCAUAUGAAAAUUUUUAUGUUUCAGAAAAACUAGUCCUCCCUGAAUAUAAGGACCUUUACGAAAAGCUAGUUCGUGCCCUUGAUUACUCAGCAAAUCGUUGUAUAGCUAAUUGGGAACAUCUGGCCUGUACAGAGGAAGUUAAGGCACCACCAUUGGUUCGUCUCAAGUGUAAAUUGAGCACAAAUUACAGCCACACUCAAAUGCUUUUGGAGGUCUUGGCAGUGCGUGAGAAUGAGGAAGUUGUUACUGUGACAAAACUGAUUGCUGCCUUGAGGAGUAUAGGAAGAAAUGAUAUUGUGAAGAUGAUUACAGAUGUCCAUUGUGAAGCUGAAAGUUCUCCACAGAUGCUAAAGGACUUCAAAGACUGUGAUUCCAACAACGAUUUGCUUGAGCAAAUUAUCACCAAGCUGGAUGAUCAGACACAAUGGCGUGUUACAAAGCACUGGAGGAAUUUGGGCCAGGAAUUAAAAGUUUCAAAGAAAAAGUUGGACAUGAUUGAAUUUUGUGCCCCAUUUAAUCCAACAAAGAGCUUGAUGGAGUACCUCCUUGCAGAACAAAAUGUUACUGUGAAGAACUUUAAAGAAAAAGUACAGCAAAGAACUGGGCUCUUAGCUGCAUUUAAAGCAUUAGAACCUUUUCUUAAUAUGGGCUGUAAUCAGGACAAGCUCAUGAAAGAUGUGAUUGAUCUAGAUAAUGAAUAUAUGGAUGCGUUUUAUGUUCGUUUGAACAAGAUAAUUCCAGGAGUUGACAACUGGAGACAAUUGGCAACAGCUUUUGGUAUUCCUCGUGAUAUCUACAAAGAUUUUGAUCCAAAGGAGCCCACGAGCCCCACUAAACAGCUUUUUGAAUGGCUGUUUGCUGACAGGACUGAACUCACACUGGAUCAGCUUUGUAGUGCUCUUAAAUGCAUAAAGAGAAAUGACUUAGUGGGAGAUGUUAGGAAAUGCUUUGAACAGUGCUGAUCUUCUUCUUAACGCUAAGUUCAAUCAGUUUUUUUUUAAUCUGCAUGUUCUCCAUGGCCUGAGUAACUGGAUACAGGAUUAGGGUGUAGUUGUUAUGCAGAGGUAGACUGAGGUAUUUUUCAACACCACAUUGUUCGAAUAGUCAAGCACAGAGUUCUUAUAGAGCAGCUUAGGAAGAUUGACAUCUUUUAAAUGUAAAUGGACCUUACCAUUGCAAAGUACUUUUGACAAAGUCAGUCAAGCUCAUAAAACAUGAAGAUCUUCUUUCCUUAGA